AUGGACCCCACCGGACCCGUCACCAUCAGGACUUCGAAGUUCAUCACCAACCGCCUGCUUAACCGCAAGCAGUUCGUUGUCACUGUCACCCACCCCACCCGUGCCAACAUCUCUCGCGACGACCUCGCUGAGCGCCUCGCCCAGCUCUACAAGUCCGAGAAGGAGCGCGUUGUCGUCUUCGGUCUCCGCACCAAGUUCGGUGGUGGCUCUUCGCAGGGCUUCGGUCUCGUCUACGACGACGAGGAGUCCCAGAAGAAGUUCGAGCCCAAGUACCGCCUGAUCCGCAACGGUCUCGUCACCAAGGUCGACAAGGCCGGCCGCAAGCUCCGCAAGGAGAGGAAGAACAGGCAGAAGAAGCUCCGUGGUACCGCCAAGUCCAAGGGUGGUGCCGACAAGAAGAAGUAA